CACACUAUAAACUUGGCUUGAGCUUUGAAAUCAAGCUUUGAAACCAAGGUGUCCGCGCCAUUUCUCAGCGAUGGUGACUCAGAACUAAUCAACGACGACGAGUACACUACAAUGGGAACCGUCGCUGUUGCAUUACUUGCAGACAUGGCAGAGAGGUGCACUUCCAUGCGACACCUCAAACUCCUCCACGCUCACGCCUUCCGCACCUGCCUCCACCACCACGCCGUCGUUCUCGGCAAGCUCCUCCGCUUCGCCGCCGUCUCCCCCUUCGGCGACUUACACUACGCCCACCGCAUGUUCGAACAAAUUACCCACCCAACCGCCUUCUUCUACAACACCCUCAUCCGCGCUCACUCCCACUCCACCUCCCCUUCCCUCUCCACCUUCCUCUUCAACCGCAUGAGGCAAGAUGGUGUCGCCCCGGAUGAGUAUUCGUUCGCCUUCUUGCUCAAGUCACGCGCUGCCACCACCCCUCUGGUCCAUGACCCGCAUGGCGCCGUUUUGAAGUUCGGGUUUUGCCGCCACCUGCACGUUCAGAACGCGUUGAUACAUUUGUAUGCGGUUGGGGGAAUGGCCGUUUUAGCUCGGAGGGUGUUUGAGGAUGCUUUGAAAGUGGGUGUGGAGGUUGAUGUUGUGUCUUGGUCGGGGUUGCUUGUGGCACACGUGAGAGCUGGUGAACUGGAAAUUGCAAGAAGGGUGUUUGAUGAAAUGCCGGAGAGGGAUGUGGUUUCGUGGACUAGCAUGUUGUCUGGGUAUGCGCAGGCAAAGCGGCCACAAGAGGCGCUGGAGUUGUUUCGGGAGAUGAGGGGUGCUGGGGUGUGGCCGGAUGAGGUUACCAUGGUGAGUGUGAUAUCGGCCUGUGCGGAAUUGGGGGACGGGGAAACUGGGAGGAUGGUGCACAGGUUUGUGGAGGAGAAUGGGUUUGGGUGGAUGACUGCGAUUUGCAAUGCUCUCAUUGAUAUGUAUGGGAAGUCGGGAUGCUUGGAGCAGGCUUGGCAAGUGUUCCAUGGCAUGAGCAGGAAGAGCUUGAUCACGUGGAACUCGAUGAUGAUGGUGUGUGCGAACCAUGGGUAUGCCGAUGAUGCGUUGAGGUUGUUUGAUUGGAUGAUUGGUUCUGGGGUUUUGCCUGAUUGGGUAACGAUGCUGGCACUUUUGGUUGCACAUGCUCAUAAGGGGCUGGUUGAUGAAGGGAUUAAAUUGUUUGAGAGCAUGAAAAGGGACUAUCAAGUUGAACCUAGGAUUGAGCAUUAUGGUGCCGUGGUGGAUAUGUUGGGGCGUUCAGGGAGAUUGCAGGAGGCAUAUGAUCUGCUUACAAACAUGCCAAUUCCAAGCAAUGAUAUUAUUUGGGGAGCAUUGCUUGGAGCCUGCAGGAUUCAUGGUGAUGUUGACAUGGGGGAAAGGGUGAUAAAGAAGUUGUUGGAGUUGAAACCAGAUGAAGGGGGAUACUAUAUUCUCCUCCGAGAUAUCUAUGUUGCUGCAGGAAGGACCGUAGAAGCUGAAGAAAUGAGGCAAGCCAUGUUAGCUAGGGGAGCAAGAAAAACUCCUGGCUGUAGUUGGGUGGAAGCAUAAAGUUUAAGCGUGACGGCAAUGAUUAUUCAGGGCGAUAUGAUGCCUUAAGUGCAGGCUGGAUUUUGCCACAAGCCAAUGGUACAAAGUUGUCCUUAAGGGAUCUUCCAUAUCUUUGAUUUUUUUCCACUCUAUUGUUGAUCCAAGGCAGCAAAAAAACAAGCAUUCUGGUGUAAAUUAUUGUUAGAUGACCUUGAAUAGCUUUUUUCA